CAGCGACUGCCAUCAGCGAAAUUUAAUGGCGGCGCCCAUGCGAUAUGCGUGCGGCAAAUUUUGUACAUAUUUCGGCCACUCAGGAUUGCAUCAUAUAACCUUUCCGCUAUUAUAAAUGUCGCAAAACAUGUUACUGUACUCAUAUUUAACAAAAAAAUCAACUGUAUUAUUCCCUUCUUCAAGAAGAGCUAUCUACCGGCUAAAAUCAUACAGCAACACAGUUCUCGUUCCAAAAACUACAUUUCCUCAGCGCAUCAGUUUUGCCAAGAGGUGCGAAAGGGACCGUGAAAUCGAAAAGGCUGCUUGCUUUGCUGACCACUACAGUUGGCAAAGACAAAAUAACGACGGGCCAGAAUUCAUCUUUCACGAUGGUCCGCCUUACGCCAAUGGGGACACACAUUUGGGACAUGCCGUUAAUAAGAUUCUGAAAGACAUAACAACAAGAUACAAGUCACUCUCUGGCCAUCGUGUUCACUAUGUUCCUGGCUGGGACUGCCAUGGGCUGCCAAUUGAAGUUAAGGCCGUUUCAAGUGCAGACAGCAAUUCUCCUAUUGAAGUACGCCAAAAAGCCCGAAGGUUUGCUGCAAAUACUAUCAAGAAACAGAUGAGUUCCUUUAGAAACUGGGGCAUUAUGGCAGACUGGACAAAACCAUACCAGACAUAUGACCCUAGUUACGUUGCACAACAACUUCAGGCUUUUCUCUCACUCUACGAGAAGGGCUACAUAUUUCAAGACUAUAAGCCUGUAUUCUGGUCACCUUCUAACAGGACAGCACUGGCUGAGGCAGAGCUGGAGUAUAACAAAUCCCACGAGAGCUGGUCUAUUUUUGUGGCAUUUCAACUGGCAAAAGUCCCAAACUUUCUAGCCUCCAUUUUGCCAAAAAAUGCCCAAGUUGGAGCCUUAAUAUGGACGACUACGCCCUGGACUCUGCCAGCAAAUCAAGCAAUUUGCUACUCACCAAAACAUGAAUAUUGCAUUGUGCAAUCUGAAAGUCACGGAAAGUACUUCCUUGUGGCAUCUGAUAUGGUAGACAGUGCUCAGCAUCAUUUGAAACACGGACUAAAAGUUCUGACAAAAUUUCCAGGCGCCCUCUUGAAAGGUGUCACCUAUCUACAUCCUUUACACCCCGAAAGGGAGCAGUGCCUAAUAGAAGGGGACCAUGUUACCAUGGAGAAAGGCACAGGAUUAGUGCACUCUGCACCAAACCAUGGGCUGGAGGACUACCAAAAUACACAGAAGCACAAGAUACCCUUAGAUGAGUGUCUGGUUGACGAAAAGGGAUGCUUCACAGCUGGUGCAGGGGAGCACCUCUCAGGCCAUGAAGUCUUAGGAUCAGGUUCCCAUGUGGUAAUGAAGUUAUUAGAGGACCGGAUUGAACACGUCGGAAAAUACACCCACAGCUAUCCCUACGACUGGCGCAGCAAGAAACCAAUUAUUGUGAGAUCUUCUCGUCAGUGGUUCAUAAAUCUGGACCAGCUGAGGAUAAGAGCAAUAGAAUGCCUCGAGGGCGUCAAAAUAACCCCAGAGAGUGCAAGGAACAUGUUUGUAAACCAGCUCGAACAAAGGCCACACUGGUGCAUUUCGAGACAACGCUACUGGGGAGUUCCCAUCCCGGUGCUUUUUAGGGACAAGACUGCGCUCACAUCAAGGAAAUUUGUGGACCACUUAUGUACUCUUGUCUUGCAAGAAGGAAGUGAUAUUUGGUGGACAGCUCCAAUGGAUAAGCUCGUGACACAGGAGAUACGUGAUGAUCUCAAAUUGGCGGCCGACGAGAAGAUAGAAAAAGGAUGCGACAUAAUGGAUAUCUGGCUGGAUAGUGGUCUUAGCUGGAAGAUGGUUCUCCCUGAGUCGAAACAGGCAGACAUCUAUCUUGAAGGCGGUGAUCAAAUCAGGGGAUGGUUCCAAUCAUCCCUCAUAACAAGCGUGGCACUUCGGAACCAAGCACCUUACAAACAUAUUUUCCUCCAUGGUUUUACACUGGACUCUGAGGGGAGGAAGAUGUCAAAGUCUCUCGGAAAUGUAACUGAUCCACAUACGGUAAUGAAUGGUGGAAAGGACCCUAAACUGGAACCGGCGUACGGAGUGGACGUGCUACGUUGGUGGGUAGCAAGUCAUGCAAGCGACAACGAGAAUGUUACUGUGGCACAGCAUAUAUUUAGUGAGUGCCAUGCCAGCGUUUCAAAAUUAAGAAACACACUGAGAUUCUGCCUUGGUGCCCUUCAAGAUUUCUCACAUGAGAUGCAUUUAUGUUCCUACGAAGAUCUCCUGCCAGUUGACCAAUUCAUGCUACACCUGCUGUACGAUUUUAAUUUGAAAGUCACAUCACGGUAUGAAGACCUCCAGUACAAUCACGCGUGUUCACAAAUUAUGAAUUUUGUAGUAAAUGAAGCAUCUUCGUUCUAUUUUCAAGCUGUUAAGGACAGGCUUUACUGCGAUGCCUCAAACUCGUUGACGAGACGAUCCUGUCAGACUGUACUGAGCCAUACCCUGGAUGUCCUGGCACGUUUAAUUGCGCCAGUGUUGCCACACCUAUGUGAAGAAGUGUUUCUGCAUCAUCCCGAAAAUAAGUGUGCUAAGACAGGACUCUUCAGACGAAGAUGGCAACGCCUGCCAAGUCACUGGGAAGAGAAGCACUUUGACGCACUGAGAGAACCUCUUUGGGGACUGAGGGAGGCUGUGAAUAAGAUAACCGGUUCCAAUUCGAGGCAACAUGAUGUCAUCAUUUCUGCACGUGAAAACUCUCCUCAAUUGAACAUCAUACACAAGCUUCAAGUGGAAGAAGUAGCCAUUCACUCUGGAUUGACUGAUAUACUACAAGUGGCAUCUGUGAGAUUCGCAACUUGUCUGGAGCCGCCACAAGCAAAGGGUCAGGGCAGCAACAGUGAUACUGUCGUGCUCGAUGAAGAGACAGGCUUACAAGUAACGGCACUGCCCACAACGUACGCGCUGUGUGGCCGUUGCAGAAGGCACAUUUCCCCGAGUGUUGGACAUCUCUGCAAAAGGUGCGAAGAAGUGCUGGAGGAAUACCGGUUGUCACUGCAAGUAUGCUGAGGCAGUGUGCCAGAAACUUUCAACUUCCGUGACAGCGUCUUCAUUCUACAUGUCGAUACUGUUUGAUUUAUACCUAGAAGUUCCCCUUGUUGAGGAAAGUCUGUGCUACUACAGUUUUGUGAAGUGAACAUUGGCUCGAAGUGAGGACCGCAAAUAAAAGAAGGGGAAAAAAAAAAAAAAA